AUGACCUCGCGGGUACCAUACAAGCAGAUACGCGCUAGGAGACCCACACCUGAUACGAUUAUCGUGUACCAGGCGUACAAUGCCAAGAUAGCAAGUGCCGCAGUCGAGCAUCAACGCCUCAACGCCUCGGACGCCUUUUCCAUGACACGCAUGACAUGGAUCAAACCCUCUUUUUAUUGGUGCAUGUAUCGAGCUGGCUGGAGUUUCAAGGACAAGAAUCAAUCGCACAUUCUCCAAAUCACUAUGAAGUUUGAGGGUUUCCUCACGCUACUAAAGAGCGCUGUACCGACCUCGGGACCGGGAAUGAAUGUCAAUGGAAGUAAAGCGGUUCGCGUACAGUGGGACCCAGAGAGGAGCAUCCGACUUGGACGAUUGGACUACAGAUCGCUACAACUUGGCAUCUCUGGUGAUCUGAACAAGCAGUGGAUAGAAGAAUGGAUUUGCGAUAUCAAAGAUAUCACAGAGGACUGA